AUGAAUAGCGAAAAUUACGUUAGAGGAGAAACAGUCGAUGUCAAAGAGGAAUUUGGUGUAAUAGACAAAGGUGACGACAAAUAUGUGGGUAAGAAGCCAUUGGUUAAACCAAUCCACAUUGCUCCAGGAGUAUAUGGAGGAAAUCUUGCUGGGCAAGCUUUGUUGGUUGCUAUGAAGUCAACUGAACCCGAAUUUAAACCACACUCGUUGCAUUCGUUCUUUGUUAGAGCUGCUACUGACGAAUCACCUAUUGAAUGGGAAGUGGAAAGAAUCUCCAGUGGUAAGACCUUUUGCAACAGGGCUGUCAAGGGUUUCCAAAAUGGUAAAAUUGUCUUUUUUGCCAAUAUCUCGUUGACCAAGAAAAACUCUUAUAAAGAAAGUUUAACCAAAUGGGAAGAGGAGACAGCCAAAUUUGAACAAAGGGGUAAAGACGGUGAUGUCGACGAAGAUGACGAGGAUGACGACAAAGUUCCACAAAAGCCCUUCCGAUUCCAAACUCCUUUGCACGAUUGGGUUAAGAAGUACGGAGAAGAUAGUUUAGUUGUUUCUCCUUGUGAGUCAAAUAUGUUGAGUUAUUUCAAAUUUUGUCCUGAUUUCAUACAUUUGGAUAAAUCCGAAUACGAAAAGGAUGUUCCAAUUGCCCAGCGUAAAUUUUCAUUUUUAGUAAGAUGGGGUAUUGAUAAUGAACAAGGGUAUAAUCAACCUUUAACGAAUGUUGACGAACAGUUCCAGUUUGUUGGGUUAGCAAACCUCUCUGAUGCAUUAAUUCUUAAUGUUCUCGCAAGAGUAUUGAGACUUGGUGACGUAUCGGUACAAGACAAUAUGAAAAACUUUUUUGGCGUUAGUCUUGAUCAUAUAUUAUACAUUCACGAUAAUGACUUUGAUGUGACUAAAUGGAUGACAUAUUCAUUCAAAACAAUUCGUUUCUCGCAUGAUAGAGUGUUGUUUGAAGGUGAGUUGUAUAAUCACAACGGUGUUCAUGUUGCAAGUGUUAUUCAGGAAGGUUUAGUAAAGCUUGCAGGAGCGGAAAGAGAUGCCAAGUUGUAG